AUGCGCACUAUGACCCCUUUUCGACCAAUUUUACCCGCUGUACGGCCUCGGAGGACUCUACCAGUAGAGGAUCAUCCGAAGAGACGGCAAAUAGUAGUGGCCUGUCAGAGUUGCCGCCGACACAAGUCAAGACGUAACUCAACCUGCGACUACUAUACGCCAACAGAAACGCGCCAGAUUUGGAAGAAGCACGGACACUUGCAGCAACAGCAAUCCACGUACGAAGACUUCAUUGGGUUCCUAAGAACAAUGACAGAACAAGACGCUGUAGAGGUCUUUCGUCUUCUGAAGGCUGGUACCAACAUUGACUCCAUCGUGAAGCAUGUACGAGAUGGGAAUUUGCUUUUGCAACUGUCGCUCAUACCAGAAACUUUUUCUCAAUAUGAAUCCCCGUACAUGACCAAGAUGCCUAGUUGCUUGUUUGUCAGAGAUAGUUCGUACAUGAGUUCGUGCCUCUACAAGCUUGUCUCAUCAUCCCCAGCCUACACUCACGCCGAAAAUAAGCAGCUCACUGCCAGAUAUGGAAGCGCGUAUACGAUGCCUUAUCACACUGCGAAAAUGGUCGAGCCACUAAUAGAUAAGAUCACAAUGACACCAUGGACAAUAGUAAUUUCUGACAAUCGUUUGCUAAUACGGCUCAUCUUCCUCUACUUCACUGGCCAGUACCCGUGCGCCCCUUUAGUGCACAAGGACCUGUUCCUAGAAGACAUGGCAGCAGGUGGAACUUUGUUCUUUUCACCGCUUCUGACAAGACUUAGCAAAUGCGCAUUGACAUUCCAGAUCGAGUCAAGAUGUGGGCAUCCAGAAUCUCUCACCUAUAAAUUCCUAGCAGAAGCAAGAAGAAUAUGGGAUGUGGAAUUGACAGGAAAACCCCAGAUCACCACAAUACAAGCAGCAUUGGUACUAAGCAUGACCUAUGCCUUCAACAGUCUGGACGAACUCAGCACAUUCUUUCUUGAGCAAGCCGUAACAAUGGGCCACCACAUGCAUUUGUUUGACGCCAGCAACCCCGAAGAAGAUCCAAAGAUGGCUGAAGCGCGUUUAUUCACUGCAUGGAAGGUAUUCUCAUGGCAGACGAUGUUCGACUAUUCUUACUUUCGAGAACUACACAUAAAAGAUCCCUUACAAACAUCUUACGGGGAGAUCUGGGUACAAUAUCCACAUGACCAGAACUUGACUCCGCUCAAUCUCAGAUACUACAUGAGAGCCGAGGCUAGGCUCUCUACUGUCAUUAACGAGCUAGGAUGUUUGUGUUUUGGAAGAUCACGACGGUCACUGAACACCAGUGAGAUCCUUGCUUUUGAGCGAAAACUUGAUGCCUGGGAAGAAGCGCAGCCGGAUAUCUUGCAGCCAGAGAGACUUGUAAUGCCUUUGCAUUUCUCACUCUAUAACAAGGGUACCGAUUACGGUCUCGGUGUAGUGGAGACUCCAUAUGCGAUCAUGCGUGCCUCCGAGAUCAUGCUCGAGUCCUUGAUACGCCUGUACUAUAUGCGGCACAGCUUCGUUCACUACGAUCCAUGGCUCAUCCCCGCAAUAACUAGGCUUGGCAACGAUGCCAACAGGCUCUUAGAAGGAGGUCCAGGCGAAGAUCCUGCCAACUUGGAUGGCUAUCGGCCAACAAUAAUUUUGUGCGCGAAGGCUCUCGAAAGCCAGGCCCAGAAUAUCCAUAUCGCUACAUCGCUUGGUAUUCAACUUUACAGUGUCAUAAAGCCACAGACGCUGCAACUGAUUCGAACUUAUGUCAAGGCCGUACAGUCACUGGCCAAUUCCCAUUAUCAACCUUAG